AUCUUUUUCCUCUCUAUGGAAGCCCAGGUUGUUCUUACCGAUACAAUCCAGAGGGGCAGCAGCAAAACAAUACAACUCUACGUUUGCGUGGCCUUGGGGUUACUAGUUGAACCGGGCAUGCUCAGUCGCCGGGCAGAUUUUUUCGGCGAAGUGGAAACUACAACAGCGCGUACACUGCGCGCGGAGGUGGGAGUGUCCUCGUGGAAUUUAGAACGUUUCCGCAGCCAAUGGGGCCUCGCUGCCGGCUGGCGGGGCUCCUCAUUGGAGGAGCGGGGAGGCAAGCAAGUGGAGGGCCCCGGAGGGAGCCGAGGAGGUGCGGCUCCGAGAGGCCGGGCUACGCCGUGCUCUGCGUGUGAGCAGCUGCAGCGGUGGUGGCAGCAUCCAGCGGUGGCAGCAGCAGUUCCAGCCCGUUGCUUUACUUUUUGCUGUACGAACACAGUCAUUAUGCCGAAGAGAAAGUCUCCAGAGAAUUCAGAGGGCAAAGAUGGAUCCAAAGUAACUGAACUAGAGCCCACAAGACGGUCUGCCAGGUUGUCAGCGAAACCUGCUCCACCAAAACCUGAACCUAAACCGAGAAAAACAUCUGCUAAGAAAGAGCCUGGAGCGAAGAUUAACAAAGGUGCUAAAGGGAAGAAGGAGGAAAAGCAGGAAGCUGGAAAGGAAGGUACUGCACCAUCUGAAAAUGGUGAAACUAAAGCUGAAGAGGCACAGAAAAUUGAAUCUGUAGAUAACGAGGGAGAGUGAAUUGUCAUGAAAAAUUGGGGUUGGUUUUAUGUACCUCCUGGGACAACUUUUAAAAGCUAUUUUUACUGAGUAUUUUGUAAAUGCUAAUUUUUUUAGGAUUCUACUAGUUGGCAUAUAAAAAUAUUUAAGGAUGGACAUUUUACCUUCUCAUAGGAAUGCUUUUUGGAAAUUUCCAUCGUUCUCAAGUAAAAUAAACAUCAAUUUAAUAUUGGAAGCUGUAUGUAAAAUUGAUUCAGCGUUCCAUGUAUUUGCUUUAAAAAUUUAGUCCCAUGCAUACUGUGGUGUUUUUAACGUGUAUAUUUGAAUUUUUCAUGCAGUUUUUCUAGAGCAAUAAUCAGUGGUGCUUUUGUACCCAGGUUUUAUGUGAUUUUAAUGAAAGAUGGAUAGUUGUGGCCACCUGCUGACUAUUUGUGGUUUAAAAUAAAAGGUUUUAUUGCCUGCAAAAUACCUUCCUCGUAGUGU